AUGAAUCGAACCCAUCGACAUGCAUUAUAUAAUCAUACAAUUCUUGUCAUAUUAAUAUUUAAUUUGCCAGUUCAGUUAAUCGAUAUUAAUUUCUACCUUAUAUUUGUUACGCAUGGUUCUGUUCAGCCAUCACAACCCAUUAUAUGUCUUCUUUGGUGGUUCAUUGAUUAUGGUUUCUAUGCUGGUGGACUCGUUCUCAUGGCUUGGUUAGCGAUCGAACGACAUAUUUUCAUAUUUCAUGAUCGAUGGGUGUCAAAUCGAAGAGGUCGUUUUCUUUUUCACUAUCUUCCUUUGAUUAUUAUAGUCACAUAUAUCCUUCUUUUCUAUCUGAUUGCUAUUUUUCUUUUACCUUGUGAGAAUACUUAUCUUUAUUCAGUUCCGGUAUGUGGUACCUCACCAUGUUAUGAAUCUUAUGGUAUAUUUGGUAUGUGGGAAUUUAUUGUACAUUCAAGUAUACCAAUUCUGUUAGAAGGUAUUGCUAGCAUUACUCUUGUUUUACGUGUUCAGAUACAAAAACGACGACUUCGUCAAUCUAACCAAUGGCGUCGACAACGGCGAAUGAUUAUCCAAUUACUUUUGGUUACAACCUUAAAUAUUGGUAUUAAUUUUCCAAGCACUGCAAUACUUAUUGCACAUUUCUGUGGUUUACCGCCCGAUUAUGGAGCAGAAGUUCAGCUUUAUUCUUUUUUUCUUUAUUACUUCAUUGUUUUCCUGUUUCCAUUCAUAUCUUUAAGUCAAUUUCCAGAUUUACGAAAGACAAUGAAAAAGAAGUUAGUGGAUGUUGUGCGAAGACAACCACAUCGUACAGCCACUGUUACACAUAUAAGAAGAGAUAUACCAAUGAAUAGAGUGGCAUGA